UUAAAUUUUAUGAAAAUAAUAUAUUAAAUAAAACUUUUCUAAAAUAAUAUUUUAACUAACGUUAAUCAGGAUCCCUCUUCGAUAGGAAAACGAGCAAACACAUUACAGUUGCUUUUGUUGUAAUCAAAUUCCCAGUUUUUUUCCAUGGUGGUCUCCACUUCUCUUCUACCCAUCAUCUCCUUUAGUCCAAUCUCCUCAGCUUCAUCAUCAUCGUUGUUAUUUUUGGGUCUUACUUCUGUAAAAACCCAUCAUCAAGUUAGCUUAAUUAUGAGUCAACAGAGAUCAUUUAGACGGUUGGUUAUCAACUGUUCAGCUUCUUCUGAUAUGUGUUUCUCCCCAGACCCCAUGAGCUUGAGGCAUAACCACAUGUCAUCUAUGACUCCCUUUGGAAUGCAAAUGAACGACAAACCUUCUUAUAAAUGGCGACGGGUUUUGCUUAAAGUAAGUGGAGAAGCACUUGCAGGAGAUCGCUCUCAAAACAUUGACCCAAAGAUUACAAUGGCUAUUGCAAGGGAGGUUGCAUCAGUGACUCGCCUGGGCAUUGAGGUUGCAAUUGUCGUCGGUGGGGGUAAUAUUUUCCGUGGAUCAUCUUGGGCAGGAUCUAGCGGGCUUGACCGUUCAUCUGCCGAUUACAUUGGAAUGUUAGCAACUGUAAUGAAUGCCCUAUUUCUUCAAGCAACAAUGGAGAGUAUUGGCAUCCCAACACGUGUCCAGACUGCAUUUCGUAUGUCAGAGGUUGCAGAGCCAUAUAUACGUAGAAGGGCUGUGAGGCAUUUGGAGAAAGGAAGGGUAGUCAUUUUUGCAGCUGGAACUGGUAAUCCUUUCUUCACCACAGAUACUGCUGCAGCCCUUCGUUGUGCAGAAAUCAAUGCAGAGGUUGUGCUGAAAGCCACAAAUGUUGAUGGGGUUUAUGAUGAUGAUCCUAGGCGUAAUCCAAAUGCCCAGCUUCAUGAUACACUAACAUAUCAUGAGGUGACUUCGAAAGAUAUCUCGGUGAUGGACAUGACUGCCAUUACUCUGUGCCAAGAAAAUAACAUUCCUGUUGUUGUCUUCAAUUUAACCAAAUCAGGUAACAUCUCAAAAGCAAUAAAGGGAGAGAGAGUUGGUACAUUGAUUGGAGGAACAUGGAAUUCAACGGUGGCAAGGACAUAAAGUAGAUACUUGUAGCAGUUGCCUAUCAGUGUAGUGGCUUCUCCUACUUUGGUUUUCCCUUUCAGAAAAAUGAAAGUAUUUGAUGGUUAUUCAUUGCUCAAGCAUAAUGAGAGCUUUUGCAGAGGAAGUUUCCUGGAGCUCAGAUUUAAAAAACCAAAGAUGAAAACAUGAAGCGUGAAAUCCAACACACUCUUUUGACAGAUUAAGAUAAUUAUUAUUGCUUAUUUUUGUACAUAAAUAGGUGGAAUGUUGUUGCUUUGUUUGAAAAUUGUGGCAAUCUCAAUUAAACAAGUAAUUCUUCAAUGAACUAUGAUAUGUUAAAUAUUAAUGUUUAAUUUUAGUGUUAAGCAGUUGUCGGGACAGAAGGGAGAAACUAAUAUAUUUUUGCUUGUUAUUUUUUUGCUUAUAUCAUCAAUACAAUUACCAGUGCAAGAGAUUCAAGGAUUAAAGAUGACAAAUUGUAGCUCAUUGGUGCCCAAGUUGCUGAUCAACUCAAGGUUUUCCAAUGAAUGCUGAUGCAAAGGUAUAAUUUUUAUAAAUCUUUACUAUUUCUUAACAUAGUCAUUUACUCAACAGCAGACAUUUCUGGUCCCUUUUAAUAGAAAGAAAAAAAAAAAAGAGGCCAUUUCCCUUUGUUUUCUUAAGGUCCGUUGCACGCCAUUCCCAUUUAUAUUUAUGUCACAAAAAGUGUUUAGUCAUGUUAGGCUUUUGUGGAAAAAUGGAAGAAACCUCCAACGUGAGAACUGAGAACUGGACCACCAGAUUGUACUGUAAGUGAUGGACCAAAGUUAGAGAGACUUUUCAGAUUUUGGUGACUAAGAUUGAGCUCUGUCGAUUGCCAUUGGUAAAUAGCUGAAUGAAAACCUAAAAUUUUGAACCCGUAAAUUUUUUGAAAUUUCAAGUUC